AUUCUCAGAGCAGCUGAAACACAAAAAUAUCACUUCCGGUUUGUGAACUACGUCCUCCAUGGUGUCAUUGUAGCUUUUGGCCGAGGUUGAACUCCCAAUAACUGAUAGAAAAUGUCUGGCUACACUCCAGACGAGAAGCUCCGUCUCGCCCAGCUCACCAAGCUCCGCAGGCAGUGGCUGAAGGACCAGGAGCUCAGCGCCAGGGAGCCCGUCGUUGAGGCCAAACCUACUGGUGCGUUGGCUCGGUUCUGGGCAGGCUUUCUUGAACCCAAGACCCUGUGGCGGCUUUACACGUACAAAGCCUAUAAAGGUGGUGUUUUCACGUUAACACGGUUGUUGAUUCCUGCUUGGAUCGUCCACUACUACGUGAAAUACCAUAUUGCACAAAGGCCCUGCAUUGUGGAAUUGAAGCCCAAGCUUUUCCCAGGUGACGUGAUCCUGGAGACGGGCGAACUUGUUCCAGACCUCCCAGAAAGCCAUGGUCAUCACUGACAUGGAAAUGUCAUGAGUAUCUGUUGUAAAAAAACUGUGAAUAUGCCAAUAAAAUUAAAAUAUUAGUAUGUCCUGUUUUUGUAUGAGUCUGUUUCUAGAAGUUGUUGUAAAUAUAACAGAAUUUGAAUCACAUUUUGUUUUUCACAAAGUAUUGCCUCUACUUGAUUCGCUAUUUUGAUUUUUCUUAAUGUUUUCUAUUAUGCAAACCUACUGUUACCUGUUUUUGUGUAUUUGGGAUCUGCAUAAAUGCCUAAAAUUUGAAAUCAAACCAUAGAGGCCUGGUGUUGAUAAAAUAUUGCCUGCUUUCAUACUUCUCCCAAACGAGCCAUUUGGAAUUUGCCCCAUUAGUGAAAUUUUUCUCAAUUGUGACAUUAGCAGAUAUCUCCAUAUAUGGUAGAAAUGUACCCAAAGUGUUUUGUGCGAGUCUGCCACUGUAGUCAAUAACCCCCUAUUUUGCUAUCCCCCAGUUGUGGGGCAGUCUGGCUUGUACAUGCACAUGCAUCCUCAACUGUUGCCAUUUCUAAUACAAAGUAUGUAUAUUUCUAACUUAUAUCUGUCAGUAGACUUGAUAUAGUAGUGCUAAAAACUACAACAUAGCUGGCGGGGAGAAGACUUUGUCAAAGUGUCGAGACACGUAAAUAAAAUCGCUUAUAUGACCCCUUUUUUUUUUUUUUCCUAAAUGGCGCCGCUGUAGUUCCCUC